AGUUGAGCCUCAGUGACAUCUCCCAGUGGUCACCAUGCAGACCAUUCCAGAAAUGACCGAGCACAUCAAGAGCUUCAGCCUCAACAACCAGGGCUUCUCCCGCGUCCUCAUCCAGCUCUUUGGAUUUCUGGGUCAUGGGAAAUCGUCCUUCAUCAACACCUGUAAGUACGUCCUGGAUGACACCGAGUAUAAGACCUACGCUGAUGUGAAGAAUAAUGAUGGCGGCAACACCACGGCGAGGAUCACCUACCCGCUCACCGACACACUCACUCUGGUGGACAACCGAGGCUGCGCCAUCAUGAACGGUUACGAAACUGGGGAAAUAUUUGCACAAUUAGGUAAUUUGUUACCUCUGGAUCAGGAGGUGGAGUGGAGUAAGGACCUAAAGCUCGUGGACAGGAUUGUCGCAGCGGAACGCUUUGUACAGUCAACUGAUUUCAUUUUUCCAAUAUUUGUCUAUAGUGUGAAAAAAGGACUGUCCUUUGAUGAAGUGCCAGAGAUAAAAGAACUGCUCACCACAGCCAGAAACUUAACAGGUAUUUGCCCUGUGGUUAUUCUCACCCAUAAGACCCACUCUAACCUGAGGGACGUCCAAGCUAAAUUCGAGGACAUGGAUGUGGAGAGGAUCUUCGCUCUCGAAAACUUCACCCCAGAAGAUCACUUAAAGACAAGGGGUAAGCAUGAAGACGUUCUGAAGAUCUUCCUUGAAGUGAUUAAAGAUGUAAAGUUCAGAAUGGAAAGAUUUCCCGAUCCAGAUGGCGAAAGAGCGAAAAGGAAACAAUUUGUGCUCAGAUUUAUAUAUGAAAUGGAACUGAAGAAGAAGGAAGAAGAAAUGGAGAAAAGACGUAGAGAUGAAGAGAGACAAAGAAAUCAGGCACGAGCAUCUAGUCAGUCACAAGCAUCUGAUCAGUCAAGUAGUGGCUGCAUUUUGCAAUAAAUAAGCAGGCGGCGUCAUUCCUACCACAUUUCCCACUGUGUCUAUGGGCUCCUUGUAAAUCUCUGCAUUUCUAUGGUAACAGACUACAAAAACUUCCCUGUGUGGUCAGGACCUGUUAACUGUUUUUUUUAUUCCGCUGUCCUGUGUCCUCCGGUUGGCUCCCGCUGACUCAGGGGCAGAGUCAUGACAGGUCCCACGUCCUCUGUGAACUGAUGAUUGACACCCCUGAGGUCACGCCAUGGAGCUGGGGGACGUCACUCGUCAGUGCAGUGCAGAGGUCGUCGGACCUGUCGAGACCCAGAGCCUGUGGGAGCUAAAGGACACAGGACAGGUAAGGAACAGCAAGGGAGGGGAAG